AUGAAUGCGCCUGAGGAGCUCGAGGACCCGAACGCGUGCACCGCCAUCGUGAAGAAUAAUGCAAAGGCACCGCUGCAGCUGGUGCGUCGCCUGGCUUGCGUGAGCGAGACCGACCAGCUGGGCCCGAUGGAGAAGAGCACCUGGUGCGAGGUCUACAACGAUCGUAUAGUCGCGAUGGGCGGGUGGCCGGCUGAUCUCAAAAUCACGCGUGAUUUCGAGCUGGAUUUUGCCAUUGGCGGGCAUUUCAAGUUGGUCCCUCCGAUUGGGGCGGGCUCAGAGGACAGCGACCCGAUGCAGCACAAGUACGAGGGCUUCCAGUUCCUCGGCAAGAAUUUCCCGUUCACGGGGCCCCUGGCUACAUCCAUCACGGGCGCUUGGAAGCCCCAGAAGAAUUGGGACCACAACAAGGCGUGCGUGGAGGACCCCCUGUAUCCGAAGCUCGCCACCGAGUUCGCCACAUUCUUGGUGCAGGCCCUCCAGGACAUGCUGCCUCGCAUGACGUUCCCGACGCCAGACGCGCACGGGGAGCUGCGAGAUGAGGGGCGUGAUCCCAAGUUGCUUGAGAUCGAGGAUUCCAGAGAGGUCGCAUCGCCGGGCCCCAAGGUCGCCGAUGCGAGUUCGCCAGCGAGCUCCGCGACCGAAUGCAGCCCAGCGGGGUCGGAGUUGGGCUUGUCUCUCGUCGGCGGCGUGUCCGACAGCCCGAGGCCGUCUGGCACGCUGGCCGCUUGGACGGCGCCGAGCCCCAUGGCAGGUAGUUCCACGGCACGGCGGGUGGGGAUCAGACGCCCAGAGAGCAUGUCUGAGAAGAAGUGGGCCGCCUUGCAGAAGCUCGGUGCGUUCCAGGCGAAGAAGCAGGACAGUGAGGGCGUUCCUUCGGACGCUCCGGGGGGGGCCUGA